ACAUUAUUAACGAAAUUAAAAUAGAUAAAAAUUUCUCUAAAAUAUAAGAAACACGUGGGGUCUUUCUGGAUGUAAACAAAAGAUGACUGACUGACUGGACUCGCCUGAUUUUCCUUAUUUCUACUUCCCCGAGUGAUUGAAACAACAAAAAUGGCAUCAGUGAAGCAAAAGAAGACCAAGAACUUGAAAGCCACGAAAGAAGAGGAGAAGGAAGAGGAGAUGAAGCUCGAGAAGGAAGAGGAAGAAGAGAAGAAGAGUCCCAAGAAGAGGAAAGCAGAUGAUGAGGGAGAGGAAGAUUCAAAGAUGGAAGUCAGUGAGGACACAAAAUCUUCCCGGCCGUUCUUCCCUCCAGCCAAAAAAGAGAAACUUCAGCAGAGCGAGACGAGGAAGAUUCCCGUCCCCAACAACAGGUACACUCCCCUUAAGGACAACUGGGAGAAGGUGUACACGCCGCUGGUUGAACACCUUAAGCUGGAGGUGCGAUUCAACCUCAAGACAAAGAAUGUGGAAAUCAGGACUGGCAAGGAGACUGAGGACCCCAACAGUAUACAGAAGGCAGCUGAUUUUGUGACAGCUUUUGUGUAUGGGUUUGAUAUAGAGGACUCUCUUGCCCUCAUUAGGCUGGAUGACCUUUACCUGGAGACCUUCGACAUCAAGGACGUGAAACAGACACUGCAGGGGGACCACUUAUCGCGAGCCAUCGGGCGGGUGGCGGGCAAGGGAGGCAAGACGCGCUUCACCAUUGAGAAUGCCACACGGACUCGCAUUGUUUUGGCCGACUCCAGGGUACACAUCCUUGGCUCCUACCAGAACAUUCAGAUUGCUAGGAGAGCAAUCUGUAAUCUAAUUCUAGGGAGUCCACCUUCUAAAGUGUAUGGCAACUUGAAAGCGUUUGCCGAGAAGGUUCGAGAUAGAUUCUGAUGACCUUAGGAUGAAGAGGAGGAAGAGGAAGCAAGGGGAAUGUCUCAGAGUGUAUCAGGAAGAAGGAAGGAAAGAAGGGGGAAUCUGUCAGUCUAUAUACCAGGGUGGUUGAGACAAAGCAGUGUUGGAAGGGAUGGUUUUGUGGAAUGUAUUAUCGUAAUGCUAGAUGUGUGGUGUGACAGGAUAUAUUAAGUAAAGUGUUAUCUAAUC